AUGGCAAUGCGUGAACUUGUAGAGGGGGCAUGUGGUGGGGCAAAUCCCUUGAUGAAAUUUGUCUCCCAUUACACCCAGGACAAGUCCUUGACUCAGGUAAAUAUUUCCUGAAUUUUUAGUGAAAUAGGUUUAGGAUUUUGAUCCAAUGUUUAAGGCAUAUUGUGGAAAAUUGUCUAUGUAAGCUAACUUAACCUUGUUCCUUUGCAGGCCGGCCUUAGAAACCAUAUACCACCAAGUAGCAGCCAUCCUCAGGUAAAUGGAUUAAUAAUUGUACACACUUGUACACAUCCAGUUGUUCUGACAGGAUUAAAUGCAAUCAACAUUAACUUUUCUAUGUUACAGGAUCCCAGAAGCUUCCAUGAAGCCACAGAGCGAGAGGUAGGCUGAAACAUCUUUCAAAUACUCUAAGGACAAGGGGCAUUUUGAACCACAAAAUAUACUCUUCUUUGAGAAAAUCUUAAUGUAAAAUUGUCGGGUUCCUUAUACAAUGUAAAGUAUGACUUUCAAAUGUUCCCUAGCUUGCUACUCUUGUUUAACUAAAUGAGUGCAAACCACAAACCAAUUACAUUAACAAACCCACCAUUUCAACAAUCCAGCAUUAUUCCCAAUCUCCUGCCUUCAUCAGGGGUGUUCUAAAUUCCUAACUGAUCCAUUUUAGCUUGUUGGUGAAUAUUUCAAUGAUUUGCAACAUCAUUAUGGCGCUCCACAAACAUUCCGUAUGGACAGCUUGUUGCAUGAGAUCAAUCAGGUUGAAGCACCUGGACUUUUACAUCCUGUAAUCCCAGGUAUGUGGUGAACAUUUCAGAAUGUUCUGUGAUGACCUUUCUCUUAUUACUACACUGCAGUAGAUUCAUUGGCCAAUGGGAAUAACAGGAGAAUUUCCCUGGUAGGUCCCCAGUAUUAAGACAAGAAAUAGGCUGAAGGAACCACCACAAUCUACUAAACUGGGCUCCCUAAGUUUCAUUUCCCCUGAACUUUUCAGAGAUAUAUACAUUGUACAUUGUCAUACAUUAUACACUGCUCAAUCCCCAUCGCAGCUCAUCUGCUCACAGAUUUUACUGACUUAGCCUAGACCAUUUAUCUUUACAACAAUUAUUUGCGAUAUUACUUUCCUAACAAUGUUUAUCCUAACUCACUCUGUCAACUUUCCCUGUGGCUGGAAACCAGAGCACCUUGCAUGAGAAAACCCUCAACUUUCAGCAGAACAUUGACAGACUUUUUUCACAACUGCACCACUGCAGCCACCCGACUCCUUACCAUCAGAAUGUGCAUGUGUUCACUAUUAUUGCUGAAAUUUUAUCAAUCAAGUCUGUGUCAUUCUAUAUGAUAGGCACCUUUAUUCAGGGAUGGAUCCAGCAUGAUCUGGUAGGGGGGGGUGUGCUCUGGUGCCAAGUUGUGUCGGUCAUGUGUGCUGCCCGCCCAUCAACUUGCUUCACUACUGCAAAGUCUUGCUUGACUACUGUAUUGGAAUUGUAAUUGUUGUUCACAGUUCGCUUAUCAUCAUGUUAUUACUCAAAAUACUGUAUCUCAUUUUGCCUAAUAAUUUUUUUGCUUUAUCAUGAAAAAUAGCACCCCCUGGCCAGGGCUAGGGGGGUGCACCCCCCUGCACCCUCCCAGUAAAUCCAUGCCUUUAUUGUUAAUAAGAUAACUGUGGAUUGCGAGGGAUAUCUUUACCGUUAUCAGGUUAAAAAAAACAACUUAUAAGGUAUAUAAUUAUGUCUCUAAAACAUUUUUGUUCCACAGGUACCGAUGUCUGGACUGAAGAAUACCUAGUCACAGCCAAUGGUCCAGAAGGUACAACAUGCUAUACAUGUAGAUACUAGACAUUCAUUUAAUCAUAUUACUUUGCAUUCCAGUAUCAAGCUUGAUUACCCAAUUUUUUCAUUUCAAUCUGUUUAUCAAUUUCAGCCUGGAUUGAAGAGUAUGAAGAUGAAGGUCAUACAUACCCAAAUAAAUAUGCUGGUAAAAUGUUGUUGUUGCUUUCUUAUUGAAACACUCUUAUUGAAAAGAGAAACUGUUAAAAGGAUCAUAUCAUUUUUCAUUUAGAACCAGCACAAGCAGCUAUUCCAACAAAAUGGGCAUCUGAAUACCUUGAAAAUUUGAGGUAUUAAUAUUAUGGUACCAUUACUAGCAAUAGUGCUUUAGGUAAUAACUCGAACACUCUGUGCCAGUGUAGGUAGCUGAAUCCAUAUCUACCUGCAUUCCUUUAGACAAUAAGGCAAUAUACCAUUUCAACUUUCUAUAUGUUUUUGUCUCUCAGACCAGCUGAUUUGAGCAAGGAAACAAUCACAAGGUUAGUUUCAUUCAUCCAUGGGAACAAGGCAUUCAUAUCAUAACACGUAAAGAAACUAAUUUACUGAGUAACUUUGUAUUACCAUCUCCUGCUUAUCCCCCAUCUUGUAAUGACUGUGAGUGCACAUUCUGGGCUACAAAAGAUAUAUUUCUUUCCACAACAGUCAAGAGUCAAGCAGCAAGGAGGUAAAAGAUGCAUCUAGUUCACUUUUGGAUUGUGCAGAAGAUCCACGAUUUGCAAAUUCAAAGGUAAAGCAAGGGUUGUCACUGAAUGAACUUCUUCCAAACUCGUAUUGCACGUAGAUGCCUCUUGAUCAAAAGUGUGCUGCCCCUGUGUCCAAUCUUUAUACAGUAGCACUCAACAACUCUGUAAGAUUUUAGUGUCUUCCCCAGGUUUGGUAUUUCUGAACAGUAGUGCAUGCAGGGUUGUCAUUUUUACGCAAUAAAGUCUUCUUUUCAAAGCAUGGGAAGCUUCUUUCCAACUCUUAUCGUAAUUAGAGCAGCUGUUUCUGCAAAAUGUACCAUCGACAUUUGGUUUUGAUAUGACUCCAUUAUAUGGCAGUUAAAGAUCGUCAAUAACUUGGUGAAAUUUCUGACUAAAUCAAAUCAAAUUCAGUAAGGUUUGAUAAUCUUUCUUUUAGUUCUUUAAAUUUAUAAAGAAAUUGAGCACUGGAGAGUAUAAAAUUGAAGAUAACAAGGCAUGUUUUUGCAUUAUUUGAUUAAAAUGCUCUUCACCAUUGUAUUAAUUUGACCACUAUAUACAUGUCAUCGUAAUAUGAGAUUCAUGCAGAAAAAGUAAAGCACGUCGUUUCAUCAGCAAACCACAAUAUACGUGUAAUUUUUAAUUAUAUGAAGUGAAUAUACCAGCUAUAUUGCCACGGGACAAAGGGACGUUAUUUUUCAUAACUUAAAUAAAUUUUGUAGGUUAUAGAUGUUCAAAGUGGUAAGGAAGUGAAAUCUGGCGAAGAAGCAGAUCGAUGGGUGGAUGAAUAUGAAGCAACAAUCUCAACAGAUGAAUAUCAAUGGUUGGACGAAUAUACCGCAGGAGAGGUACUUCAUUAGGAUUUGUAGUAUAAUUUUCUUUACGUGUUAAUGUACAGUACGUGGUCAUUUAGCAGAAAACGAAAUAUCACUUCAUUAUCAGACACCCUUAAGAACGAUUUCCUCUUAAGCAUAGAUGUGUGUAAUCAUUUUAGAAAAUAAUAUCACUCAUUCACUGCAUUAUUGUCAUCGAAUACAGAUGUAUGUAACCAUUUAAACGAAGAAAAAAAAAUUUCAUUAUCAGACACUCUCAAGGACGAUUUCCUCUUUGGCACAGUCUGCAAAGAUGUGUGUAACCAUUGCAUUACUGCAUUAUUUGUCAUCGAAUACAGAUGUAUGUAACCAUUUAAACGAAGAAAAAAAUAGCAGAAAACGAAAUAUCACUUCAUUAUCAGACACCCUUAAGAACGAUUUCCUCUUAAGCAUAGAUGUGUGUAAUCAUUUUAGAAAAUAAUAUCACUGCAUUAUUUGUCGUCAAGUACAGAUGUAUGUAACAAUUUAAAAGAAAAAAAAAUCUCUUCAUCAUUAUCAGACACUCUCAAGGACGAUUUCCUCUUUAGCAUAGUCUGCAAAGAUGUGUGUAACCAUUGCAUUACUGCAUUAUUUGUCAUCAAGUACAGAUGUAUGUAACCAUUUAAACGAAGAAAAAAAAUUUCUUCAUCAUCAGACACUCUCAAGGACGAUUUCCUCUUUAGCAUAGUCUGCAAAGAUGUGUGUAACCAUUCCAUUACUGCAUUAUUUGUCAUCGAAUACAGAUGUAUGUAACCAUUUAAACGAAGAAAAAAAAAUUUCAUCAGACACUCUCAAGGACGAUUUCCUCUUUGGCAUAGUCUGCAAAGAUGUGUGUAACCAUUGUAUUACUGCAUUAUUUGUCAUCACAUACAGAUGUAUGUAACCAUUUAAACGAAGAAAAAAAAAAUCUCUCCAUCAUUAUCAGACACUCUCAAGGACGAUUUCCUCUUUAGCAUAGUCUGCAUAGAUGUGUGUAACCAUUCCAUUACUGCAUUACUUGUCAUCAAAUACUGAUGUAUGUAACCAUUUAAAAUUGUAUUUAACCAUUUAGCAUACUGUAGUCUGCAUAGAUGUACUUUGAAAAAUAACUUUGUUUGAAAAAUAACUUUGUUUGAAAGCUCAGACUGGAGGAAGGAGAACGGAAUUGAUAAUUCAAGUACUAAACACAGUAACUGGCGGUAAACUUCGUGCCACCCGCCGGGUUAUUUUGAAAGCCCUGUAUCAGACAUUUUAAACAGGACGGUUUGCUCUUAAGUGUUGAUGAACGUGCCGUAUAUACUUAGUUAUUUUUCUGUGAAAAUCGUCAGCAUAUUAUCAUACUCGCAGGAAAGUUUUUUUUGGACAUUAACUGUGUAUUCAUUUUUUAGGUUCACGACGAUCAUGGCCAAACUGCAGCAGAUCAGACAGUUAAGGUAAAUGAUGGAGAGGUUUUUCUCAAAUGUUCUUAAUAUUCCUUCUGUUAAAAUUCACCACCAUUUCAAGUGAACCAAAGUUUUUAUGACCUACAGGCCGAUGGUGAUUUUUGGGGUAAACUGGAAGAAGAAUGGUACAACCUUGCCAGGUAUUCAGUUUAUCAACAUCCACCACAUGCAUUUACAUUUUUGGAACAUCUUCCCACAAUUUUUAUUUCUCCAGUUAUUUUUUGCACAAUGAAAGUACAGCAUAUGUUGUUGGCUUUUAUAGAGACAAUAUAGAUGAUCAUCCUUGGUUAGCUGAGUAUACGGCUGAAAAGGUUUGUAUCUCUAGAUGAAGGAUGUAUCUAUUCAAUAUCCAUUACCAUUAAAUAGCCACUAACUGUGCUACGUACAAUAUCUUCGACCUCGCUUAGGAUUACGCGUUUGAGGAAAACAAUCCGAUGAUGGAAAUACCUAAUCCUUUUGAAGAAGGACUAAAGAAAUUGAAAGAAGGAGAUAUCAUCAGUGCCAUACUUUUGUUUGAAGCUGAGGUACGUUGGAGUAUACAGUGUACUAUGUUCUCUCAUCCUGCAAGUUAAGAGUUAAGAACUUGUCUUAAAAACUCAGUAGUUUUCAUGUUGAUCAGUGUGAGCUAGCUAGCACCAGAAAAAAUUCAAAAUCCAUAAAUGGAAAUUGUAUGAACCUUUAUUAGAAAUAGAAUGGAUUUUUGAUUAUCCAUAAUAAUUGUAUAUUUCCAUGCUAUGGAUAUAGUAUCGAAAUAGUAUGGAUAUACUAUGGAUUUAGUGGUCCAAUUGCAAAUGUCAUACACCCUUUUCAUAAAUGGCUGCCGAUUAAAAAUUAUUUUAUGUGCAUAUAAAUUGGCCCAACUAGCCUCGUUUCUGGGUAGAAAUUCCUUUGAAAUCUUAACAUGAGUACGAGGCUAGUUGGGCCAAUUUAUAUGCACAUAAAAGAAUUUUUAAUCGGCAGCCAUUUAUGAAAAGGGUGUAUAGUAUGGAUUUCACUUUUUCCCAGUGUAGAGAGCAGUGGAAGUGUUCUAAUCAUAAUUUCUGAUAAGAUUAGCAUGAAAUAUCGGGGUAUCAUUUUGCUGGGUAAAGUUUGCACGGUUAGCCAUUAGUCCCCUUAGCCUGUGGUUGACUGGUACGUUUUCUUACAUAUAGGUUCAACAACGCCCUGAUCACGCCGAGGUAAGUUUAGUAUUGUGAUGUACUGCCAAAGAUCGAGUGUGACGGAAGCGGGAUUCAUAAUGGCCAUCUACGUAUUAAAUAAAACUAUUCUUGAACAUUUGUCCAAAUUUAGGCGUGGCAAUAUCUGGGGACAAGUCAAGCGGAAAAUGAACAGGAUAACCUGGCGAUUCCUGCUUUGAACAAGUACGAUACUUCCCAUCCCCAGUUCCCACUUAACCAUCUAAUGCUUUGGUAAACACAUACAGUAUUAACAGUAAUAAUUCCCCCUCGUUUUCUUAGAUGCUUAAAUCUUCAACCUGACAACCUUACCGCCUUGAUGGCCGUGGCUGUUUGUUACACCAACGAGUCUCUCCAAUCACAGGUAAACCAAACGUUUAAUCCACACGUGGGGAAAAAUGCUUCCCUUGAUGAAAACCUUUUAUAGGGAUCGUUUUUGAGAGUCGCACAUAAUCACUGAUUACCUCGUGUGUUUGUUGAUUUUAGGCAUGUGACGCUCUGAAACUUUGGCUCAGUCGAAACCCAAAGUAUGUACUUUAGAAGUUAUAAGGUAUCCUGUUUGUUAGAAAAUAUGCAUUACCUAAUGCACCUUUCUCCUACAGGUACAGUAGUUUACUAGCCACAACAUCCACUGCAGAAGAUCCAUCGGCUCGCAGCCCGACAUUAAAGAGUUCUAUGAUGUCCAACUCUAUGUAUAAUGAAGUACGCGAAUUGUAUAUUAAGGCUGCCCAACUUGCUCCACAUAAUAAUAUUGAUGCUGAAGUUCAAGUAAGAAGUCUUCUAUUCAUCAUUUCAUACUUUUUUCUUUCAACUGAACAGUUUUCUUCUAUAAGAUUUAAAUACUUAAUUGGGGAUUUUACACCACAGAACGUAAUGGAGAGUUUUCCUCAAUAAAGUUCAAAUUCCUUGGACAUGUUACUCGAUAGAACAUGCAGCAAUACAUGUAUAUUCAUUUCUUUUUAAUCCCUAGAUUGGUCUUGGUGUUCUCUUCAACCUCUCUGGAGAAUACGACAAGGCGGUCGACUGUUUCCACGCUGCCUUACAGACCAACCCUCAAGAUGCCCUUGUUUGGAAUAAGCUGGGAGCAACGUUAGCCAAUGGUGGACGGAGUGAGGAAGCCGUAGAAGCAUACCGUCAUGCUUUGGAGUUAAGUCCUGGUUACGUCCGCGCACGAUAUAACCUGGGAAUUAGUUGCGUUAAUUUGAAGGUUUUUCGUGAAGCUGUAGAGCAUUUUCUAACAUCCUUGAAUAUUCAAAGAAAGGUGAGGCAAAUCGUUUAAAGAAAAAAACGAAAACAGGGCCAUAUUGGGAUUCCGCCCCUCUGCUGGUAGAUGGAGUAAUAAGACUAGCCAACGAACUCAGUGCAGUAUCGUUCAAACAACAGCCAAUAGAUUACUUUCCUUUUCCUGUUUAAGUUGGACUAUUUUGAGUACUCUUUUUUUCUUAGGGCGUUCGUGCUGGACGUGACAGUACUUCGACAAUGUCUGAAAGUAUUUGGACAACAUUACGAAUGUCUUUAUCUCUGAUGGGAAGACCUGAGUUUCACGAGGCUGUAGAUAACAGAGAUCUGGACUAUCUGAAUGGACAAUUUAAUGUACAUAUAAUAGAGGAGCCGAGCUGAUUUGUGCAGCGCGCACGUGUUUGGCACGCACCGAUGGAGGUACAGUAUACGUGAGUUGAGAUCGAAUUGGUUGAGAAGACGUUUAUGAGAAUUAAGACCUUUAUAUUAUAUUUAUAAACUGGAACACUGAUUCGUCAGAGUUUCGAGGCCCAGUUAAUGCGAUUGAAUCUUAACGUACAUUGGAAUCCAGAACUCCAUUUUGGUGAAAUAUUUUCUCCCGUGAGAAUUAAGACUUAAGUUCAACAUUGUACUUAUAUUAAACAGGAGUACUGAGUUGUAAACACUACGAUUGAACCUGAGCCAAUUUUUCAAAAAAUUUCCUGUGGUCCCAAGACACAUCGGAUUCUAACCUUCCUUUCUCAGGAAUGAAAAUGCAUAAAAUGAUUUUUGGGUACUUGCCAUGGUCAUCCUUAAUUCCUUACGGAUGGAACCUCAGUUUGCUCCCGGGAAUUUGCGCUAUUUAUGCUAAUUAGCUCCCGCCGUGGGCCACCUCCGUGAUAAUUACUCAAUGGAAAACAGGUAUCACUGAUGUAUUGACCAUUUCAUUGUCGUCACAUUAUAGUAACUAAACCACUGUAGUUAUUAAAUUGAUGACGAUAUUCGGUGAUAAAGCCUUCGCUCGAAACCUCGAGGUUCUGUUUUAUAUAUUUUCAGGUAUGUGCUUUACAACGCAGCUGUCUUUCGUGAGAUAAAAGUGCGUGUAAUUUAUAUACUUUUUAUAACCAAGUGUUUUUUUCUCUUUCUUCAAUGGGUCCUUUGCAUAUCACAGCGGCGAUCGGAAUUUUGACUUAUUAUUAGCUUCGUGCAAAGUCUCUGCAUGGUUGUUUCUCUCCUGGCAACUCUCCCACGAUUUCUAAAGGCCCAACCCUCACUCAUCAAAAGAAGCAUUGAUUUAUCGCGUGUUCACCUGUCACCAAGCCAGGUAGUCUUGAUGAAAUCCCCAAAACAGGAGCAGCAUACCAUAAAUUAUUCAACUAAUCACUUUCCGUCAUGUCAAGGACCAUAUCGUCUUACUCAGUAGGAACCACAAUUUGUGGUAACCUACAGUGUCGACGAUAAACUCACGCUGGGGUACACGUCUCUGUGGUAGAACAACAUAAGUUGCUUCGUGGUUGCGCUUUUUGCUAGGCAAUUGACUACAUUAAAAGAUAUCUGUCCUUUACAGAAGUCAAACUUAACGGUAAGUGAAAAACUUGUAGAUAUUUUGAGGGUACAUUCCUUGUGAAUUGUAAUUGAAUCCAACGGUAUCACUGUUGUAAUAGCACUUAUCAGUUCUGCUUUUCAUUAUUACUCUAAUCGGUGUUUUUCGUGUUUCUUUUGUAAUCAGAUCGUAAGAGAAAGGAAAUCGUAAAUACCAUAUCAACUAUUCAGGUAAGACUUUAUAUAUUUAUUUUGUAUAAAUAUGUUUUGGUUUGAUAUGCAAGUUAUGUAUAAAAUGUAGAUUUGUGUAUAAUAUGUAUCGAUUGAAUAUAUGGAUUAGACGUUUCACUUACUUGAUACCACAACUCCAUAUUUGCGCUUGAUUACCAUCAAAGCCAGUUCAUGAAAGUGUACUGUGCAGACAAUUUCUUGUACAAACAUAAUCUUCCAUUCCCUUUUCAAAUACACACAAGUAUUUUAAUUCUUUCUCACGAAAGAAAAUAAACUUGUGUGAAAAUAUGGCUAUCACAAGUGCGCUGCUUGCUUGGCUUCAAUACAUGUAGUCUGAAUGCGUUGUUCAUAAGAUACUAUGGGAAAAGUGUGUUCAUUGAUAAAUAAUUAAAUAAUUCCGUCGGUUUUAUCAAUGGUUUUUGCAGUAUUAUAUUGUUUUCAUGACAGGCAACAUGUUUCGGAAAUAGUGUCGACGUAUCUUUUACUCAUUCUCAUCGAAAUUUAAUUAUGUAAAUUGAACAUAUCCUCAAGAUAGAAUUAAGCUUACCCAUACUAAAAUGGUACUACGCUUUCUAAAGAAAACUUUGUUUAUCAUAAAUAUAGGAAUAAGAGUGAAUUCCUUAGAUAAUAGAUAUCUUAUGUUAUUUAAUAUGCACGCAUAUCUGUUUACUAUAUAUCUAGCAAUUUGGUUUGUGGUUAUUUCAAAUCAUCACUAAACUUGAUUAGCAGGUAUUGCGUUACAAAUAGAUCCUGAAAGAUAAUUUACGCAUUGGCUAUAGGACAAUGUCUUGCGUGAAAUGCUUACUGAGAUUUUCUUCUUAUGCGCAUCUUAACUUUUAAUCCAUCCUAUUUUUAACCGACACCACCAAAGACAAACAUCAAUUGUGAAUGUUUACCGUCUAAUAUUUAAUCGUUUCACUCUUUAUAAUUGGAUAAAGUCCUAAAACCUUUUAUAGUACGACGUAAAACGUGCGUUAUAAAUGGAAGAUUAUAUGCAUAAAAUGCGGAUCCGGAUGUCAUAAUUACGGAAGAGGAAUGAGGAAUACAUGUAAAGCGCGCAAAAGAUUAUAAACUGCGCGCGGAUGAUCAUAAGAUAAGACUGAUAAAAAUAAUAAAACGUGGGGAAGCGAGUAUAAAUUCAUGUAAUUUAAGUCUCACUCGUUUGGUCAAUACAUGCAGAAGUAAAACCUUUCCUUUGUUCUAGUUAUAAUAAUAUUAAAUAUUCUCGUUCGAGUCUUGUUUCAUAGUUAUAUAAGUGUGCUUGGAGGGCGCACGUUCCAAAGUGCAAACAGCGUGUUUAUGGUACACGCAUAUGUGUGUGAUUUAACAAGUUGCUGACAAACAUACACGAAUGUGAUAACUGGCUGUUGUCGAAAUGGCGCCUUAGUUAUUUCUGUAUAAUUUAAUAUGAUCAUGUAGUAUAAGAAAUCGACCACUGAGGCUGAACAAAUGCUUGAAUUCUUUCAACCAGAAAUACUUUUACAUUGAUCAGUUAUGCCUAUCGGGGUUUGUUUAUGUGUUGGGCUUUCACGCAUUCGUAAUUCUAUCUUUAAUUUCACUACGUAGAAUGUCUUACAUUUUUAUCUUAGGAUUAUAUUUCACUCAAGUCUUAAAUAAAGAUUAAUAUCUCCUAAGAAAUAUGAAACAGUAUUUGAAAUAUAGAAGUUAAUUUCAGGUCCGGGUUAAAAUGCGUGUAAAGUAUUUCAGAAGUAUAGAUGAGAAUAUCAUAAUACAAAACACUGUAAACCAUUUCAACCCUUGCGAUUAUUUAACAUUAACUGUACGAUUGCAUGCACUCUUCAUACUUAAUGGCUAAAAUUGACAGAUAGAUACAGAUAAAAAAAGGUUUUAGAGAAGUGCUUCAGUCCAAAGUUCAAACACCUGUUUAAAACAUUUGUGAUGUUUUCAUAUGUUGAUUUGUUUUCGAUUUUAAGUAGCUUACAUGGGACCUUGUGACCCUACUAGGCGUGUCUUGACGCAGAAACUAUCAACUAUUUCCGGAUUAUGUACUAUAGUUCUCAUGGACUUUUUGUCAUAGUUUGAAAUCAUGCAAUGUUGUAUUUCUGUGUAUUCCUGUAAUUUUUCAUGGUUCUCGAAAUCCUUGGCUUUCUUCGUGGAUAUUAACGUCUGACUAUAGUGUAAGAUCGAAGUUCUAAGAUGUUGAAUUCUUAGAAAGAGAAACAGCUAUAUACGAGAUCAUAUUUUUCCUCCACUCGACUCGUAUUGCAUGCAGAAUGAUAUAAUCCUUUGUAUGUAGUUUUUCCAAGAUAACUUAUCUCUCAAUCUUAAGCCUGGAUCAAAGUGUGAGAUCUAGUGCAGGAGAGUUGGUAGUCACGCGACCUUGAUUAGCUGUUCUUAGCGCUUUCCCAACACUAUCAUGUAUUUUAUUUAAGUUAAAACGUUAGUUGCACUCAUCAGAGAUCGGAAGUUUGUUAAUCUAGAGCUUGAAAUAUCCCCUGUAACAAUGCAUGACUGACUGCCAACUCGCAUCAACUCAUCCUCCGCGGGGCUUUAGGGACCAGUCAUUAUUUAUGGUGGGGGGUGGCACCAAAGAGAAAAGGGUUGGGUAAACAACAUUUUGAGUAAGUAAAAGGUUGGGUAAAUGAAAACCAAAACAACUCAAGGGUUGGGUAAUAAAAAAUUAUUGUCAUUUCCAAAGCAUGACUCAUUGAAAUUUUGGAGACUAAAAAGCAUAUGUAAAUACUAUAUGUGAAUCAAUCAGAGUCACUAUCUGUCAUUUUCCGAUUUGUUGGGAGACAAAUGCAUGGUAUCUCCAAUUUAGAAACUACAUGUGCAGACAAUAUGAAACUUUAGACGGCAGAACAUUUCACAAUCCGUUGUCAAACUCAUGUCACAGAAGUGGUAAAGGACAUGGUGAUAACUGAAUGGUAUCCUUUUGUAAAGUUUUUGACCAGGGGUGGGUAUUUAUUUUUUAAUUGAUAUUUGAGGUUGGGUAAUCAAAUUUUUGACUUUUUGGUGGUUGGGUCAGCAAAAUUUUUCCCACGAAAAACAUUUCUCUUCGGUGCCACCCCCCACCAUAAAUAAUGACCGGUCCCUUAAGUGUCAUGAUAUCAAAAUGAUAAAUUGACAAGUAUAAUUUCAAGGAGAUAUGUAAUUUUGUUUACUAUGUUUUAGGUAUAUCAGAAGAACCGGUCGUCACAACUUAAAACUAUCCAAACGUGA